AUGGCCUAUCGCUCUCCUCUGGUGCUGUGCCUGGCGGCCGCUGCCGUGUUGCUGAUUGCGCCUCAGGCCUUCGUCCCUUCACCAAAGAGCCAGACUGCAGGGGCUGCGCUGGCUGCAGGCGCAGCUGCAGGUUCCAUGGCUGUGCCAGCUUGGGCCUACGACCAGCAGGUGAUGGAUGCUCAGAUGCUGCUGGCGCGCAUUCCUGGCGGAAAGCGCACCCAGGAGCUUGGCCUUGUGAUCCCAAUGGCUGAGGAGGACGGCCUGACGGAUGGGCAGGUGGCUGGCCUGUUCUUGAUUGCACUCGUGGUCUUCAUCUCUGCCAUCGAUCUGGCAAAGACCAUGUACAACGGCAUCAACCCUGCCAAGUUCAAGACCUCCAAGGGCAAGGGCUACAUCAGCCCGCUGGUCAAGCGCUACAUCGAGAACGGCCUGAAUGGGCUCCUCGGCAGUGCCCUGCAGGGUGGGGGCGCCCUGCUCGAGGUCUGCGGGCUCCCAGGCAGUGGCAAGACGCAAUUCUGCCUGCAGCUGUGUGCUGCAGCUCAGAUCUCGCCUGGGCUAGCAGAGCCGGACUCGCUGGCCGAGGCGAUUUAUGUGGACACAGAGGGAUCUUUCGUCCCGGAGCGGUACAUGCAGGUUUGCGAAGCGCUGCUUUCUGAGACAAGGCCGACUCUAGAUGCUUCUUCUGUCUGCCGCCUGCUGGAGGCUGGGAUGCGCCGACUUCACGUGUGUCGCGCGUACGAUGCGACAGAGCUCUACUCCACCAUCAAACGGCUCGGUAGUUUCAUUCAGGGAAGACCACGCAUUCGCGCCCUCGUGGUGGACUCGAUUGCCUUCAGCUUCCGCCAUGAGCUCAUGGACAACACCGCGCAGCGUGCCAGGAUAGGCCUCUGCCAGUGUCGACAUUGUAUCACGUCCUCUGGCAUCGGUCUUGCAGCGUUUGAUUUGGGCUCAGCUCAGAGCACACCCACUAGUUCCCUUGUCGGCCUAGCACCGGGCACACAGCGUGCCUGCCGUGGCUCAUGCAGCCAUGGCAGCUGGGCGUCAAGGACAGCAUUGGUAAAGAACUCAGUAGCCAGCACCUGCGCGACAGAUUUCGAAGCGACCACUGCGUUGCCGCGCAGUGUGCUGGAACCUCACUGGAGCGCAGACUUCGAGAGCUUUUGCUGGCAAAGCAUUCCACUGAUCGAUCCGGCGCGUUUUUCGUUGGACCAUUUGAUUCGACCGUCGUGCGAAGGUCUCCACGCCCAGAUCGAAGUUCACAUGGAUCAUGCAUUGGCGAAGAAAGUCGUCGCAAAGCGCUUUACUAGGGCAUAUCUUCAUGACAGCCCCAGUGCUUUCCGGGAGUCUGACGCAUUCUGUGGAGAGGAUCCUUGGACCGAGAUGUUUCUGGCCAUGAAGCUGGGACAGGCCGGCCCAGACCGCAUCAAAGGAGUGCUGCCAUGUUACGGCGUUUAUCGUGAUGCCAGUGACUCUGCGCUCCUGAUCAUGGAGUGGGCCUCUGGCGGCGAUGUCUUCGAGUUCGCUAGCAGCCUCGGUGAGCCGGGACCGGCCAGGGAAGCGCAGGCAGCCCAAGUGCUUUGUGCCCUCCUUCAAACAGUGUCGCGGCUUCAUAGUCUGGGCAUUGCGCAUGGUGAUGUGAGUGCUGAGAAUGCGAUAUUGCGGUUCGAGAACGGGGAGGUGGAGGUCGCCCUUCUCGAUUUCGCCAUGGCAAUUCACGACACAGAUCUGUCUUCGGUGACUGGUGCACGAGGGAAGCCGAUGUACCGAGCUCCGGAGACGCUGCAAGAAAACGUGCCCUACGAUGCUCGAGCAGCAGAUCUCUUCGCCUGCGGAGUGGUUGGAUAUGCUCUGGCAAUCGGUAAUUACCCUUGGCAGAGCACCGCUGGAGGCUGCAAGGCCUUCUCCUACGUCCAGAAGAAUGGUCUUGCGAGGUUUUUCGAGAAGCACCUCGUCAUGAACAGCUUGUGGAGAUGUGUGCUUCCUCCUAAAUGGUGGAAAGGUUCCUGCUUGCCAACUAAUGCGACAUCAGUUUCACCGAAACUGAUUUUAGGGUUCUAG